CCCUCCAGGCCGCCAACCGCGAAGGAGUCUGGGGAACUAUAAAAACAAAUCGCGCCCAACGUUAUCAACAAUAAGUCGCAGUGCUUCAAUCACACACGCAAACGGACACAGACACGGCCUAAGCAUGACGGGCCUCUCACAUAAAUUGGGAUGUCUGGCCCUAAUAACGUUAUUUUUAAGCACCGUAGACUCUGAGCAGGUUCUAAUCAGACAGAAGAGAGCGCGACUCGAGGGUCUAGAGGCAGCUGCGAGGGGUUACCUGCCACCAAACCAAGGAGGUGGAGGUGGAGGAGGAGGAGGUGGUGGAUACUCUUCUGGAAGCCCUUUUGGGGGUAACGGAGGAGGCUACUCAGGAGGAUCCGGUGGGGGAGGCUAUUCCGGGGGAGGAGGUGGCUCAAGUGGCCCAGGAAAUAGCUACCUGCCACCGAGUUCAGGGGGAUUCGGGGGGAGUCAAGGGGGUUAUAGCGGUGGCGGUGGCCAAGGAGGUUUCGGAGGAGGAUCGGGAGGUUAUAGUGGAGGUUCAGGGGGAUCCGGUGGUUAUAGCGGAGGUUCAGGGGGAUCCGGUGGUUAUAGCGGUGGUUCAGGGGGAUCUGGAGGUUAUAGCGGUGGUUCAGGAGGAUCGGGAGGUUACAGUGGUGGUUCCGGAGGUUAUAGCGGGGGUUCAAACGGAGGUUACAGUUCGGGAGGUGGAUCUGGAGGUUAUAGCGGAGGAGGUUCAGGAGGUUAUAGCGGGGGUGGUAGUUCAGGUGGAUACAGCGGUGGUAGAGGAUCAGGUGGUUAUAGCGGUGGAAGUUCUGGAGGCUACAGUGGGGGAAGUUCAGGAGGAGGUUAUAGCGGCGGAUCAAACGGAGGAUACAGUUCCGGCGGUGGAUCUGGAGGUUAUAGCGGUGGUUCAGGAGGUUAUAGCGGGGGAUCGGGAGGUGGUUCAUUCGGAGGAGGUCAGGGAGGAUUUGGAGGAGGAGCCAGUAACACUUAUCUCCCUCCCAGAGGAGGAAGUGGUGGCGGGGGAAGUGGUGGAUACCAAUCAGGUGGUCAAGGGGGUAGAGGGGGCGGUUCACAAGGAUUUGGAGGAUCUUACAGUGGUCAAGGUGGAUCAGCCACCCAGAACACAUACCUACCACCAAGCGGCGGCGCUAACGGAUUUGGAGGAGCAUCAGUCGGCCGACCGUCCAGCUCCUACGACUCGUCGAGUAGCGGGGGUGGGGGCGGUUUCGGAGGCGGCCAACCUUCCGGAUCGUACGGAGCACCGGGAGGCGGACAAAGUUUCGGAGGCGGCUCAAGUCCGGGUGGCUCCUACCUGCCUCCAGGAUCCGGGGGUGGGUUUGGAGGUGGCGGUGGAGGACGUCCUUCCAGCAGUUACGGAGCACCCCAGGGAGGCGGCAGCUACAAUCAGGGAGGUCGUGGGGGCAGUCAGGGAGGGUUCGGGAGCAGUCAGGGAGGUUUCGGAGGCAGUGGAGGUCGUCCGUCGUCCAGUUACGGAGCUCCCCAGCAGGGAGGCCAACAGCAGAUCGGGGCCAACGGAGGCUACGUCUACUGAACGCAAUUACCCGGACAUGACUCACCACAGCGCGCUUAUUACAAGUUACCAACCUAACCUGAGCUUUAACUAUGUGUUACCUUUUUUAUGGCCUGUCUUUAUAUUUCAACGAUCUAGUAUUUAUUGUGAACAUCUAUUUGUAUCGAAUUAUAUGUUGUACAAAGGUUUCUAAGAAAAUAAACGUAUGAAGUAGUACA